UAUGCACACACACACAGACACACUCUCCCCUCGCCUCUCCCUUCUUCCCUCCCUGUUUGUCUCCGAUGCUGGUGUGGUGAACAGCAGGACACUCUCGGCUGAGCUGCAUGGAGGCACAGGGAGGGGCAGGGAGCCCAGAGCCCAAUAAAGACAUCCAGAAGUUGCUGAAGCCCUCCAGCUCAGGUGACCUAUCCAAGGAGUUGUUCCAGCACCCAGCAGGGGGGGAGGAGGAGGAGGGUGGCCUGUCUGGGCACACUGCAAGCCUGCUGCACAUCACUGAGAAGAGACAACCACUCAGCAGUGUGUCUUCUUUGGAGGUGCACUUUGACCUCCUGGAUCUGACUGAGCUGACUGACAUGUCUGACCAGGAACUGGCUGAGGUUUUUGCUGACUCUGAUGAGGAGAACCACGAGUCCCCAGCAGGUUCCCACCAGCCUGUGCUGCCCAGAGGCGGGUACAUGCGCUCCCCCUCAUGGACGCGCUGCAGCAAAGUCGAGCCUCCUCGAGAGAGAAAGCACCACAGUGACUCGGACACCCCAGAGCCCUUAAUGAAGCUGGAGAGACCGAAGCAGCCAUGAUAUGUGGAUGUGAAACAGCCGGAUCGCAGAGAGAGGAGACCCAGAGGAGGCAGGCAGACGAAGCCAGAGCGGGAACACAACGCGGACCAAGAGGCCCCCCCAUCUGCCACUGUGCACUCACAUACUGAAACGUUUCAUGGUGCUGAACAGACGAGUCCAGGCUGAACUCUGGACAAUGUGCUCUGUGCUCUAACUAAAGAUGAUGAGAUGUGCAAUACACACACACUCUCCUUCUCUCUCCCUCUCUCUCUCUCUCUCUCUCUCUCACACACACACACACACACACACACACACACACACACACACACACACACACACAGAUACACUCACACAAUCAUUGUGUUUUUCAGGCAAGGAGUUUUUAAUGGUCUCUCACACGAUUUUAAGCUUUGUUUCUGACUGGCAGACAGGGUAUGAGGUCACAAGGUAAUAACAGCACCUCCAUCCUUGCAGCCUCUCAGGGUGGGGAACAGCCUGGACAGCCAGAUUUGCUUUCUAAAUUGUGUCCACAGCGUAUGGCCAGAACUUCCCUGUGAAGCUCAAACACUGGGAUUCACAUUGAAUUACCAGGAUGUGAUUUGACUCAUAAAUGUGUUCAGAAAGCUGUUUGAAAUAAAACAACACGCUGAGGCUGUUACUUAAUGUGUUGGCUUGAACAGGGUUGUUUGUUUGUUUUUUUCUUCUGUUGCCUGCGAUUAAGGUGACUUGAUCAGUGAAGUGGAUUCAGGCCACGCUCUUUAUAUCCAUCACACCUUCUCCAUUUUAAUGAAGAAUGUGUGGUGUUGUUAUAAUAGCCUAAAUGAAAAUUUUGCACUUCUCUCACUGAAUUGUAUUUACAGUGCCCCCCAGAAUUAUUGGCAUGCAGUGCAGAUGACAUGAAAGAUAAACAGACCAAGUAGCAAGCUAUGCAACACAUUUUUCCAUAGUCAAAUUUAUCAUUAUUCUUUUUUAUUUGUUUCUGAUUGUCAUUUCAAAAUGAUGGCUGCCAGAAUUGCUGCUGCUAAGGUGAUUAGAGUCGGUCCUUAAGAGCUGGCAGUCAAACUCCAUCAAAAGAGAUGUAUUAACUUGAUGGGGAACAUUUGAAGCAGUUACAAAUGAAGGGGGAAUUGCAUCAUAGUCAGGUGGACUUCAAUAAGCUUAGCAUGAAUGCCAAAAAUACAACAAAGUGCCAACAUUUUUGUAAUCAUAUGUUAAAAGAUGGAUUUAACAUCUUUUUACACAAGUUAUAGCUGAUUACUUGAUUUAUUUAUCUGUUUGG